UUUAAGGUCAGGAAUGAAAUGACACACCUUGUCUCCUUUCGGAGGAGGAGAGCUCAGCCAGGUCUCCUUUGCCUCACCUGGGUGCCAGCAGCAUCCUUAUUGCCAACUCACCUGGCUACCAAAGUGCAGGUGGCAGAGAGAGACUUGUGCAUUGCAGCCGCGGGCAAGACUUCUUCUCCUGGACAAGUGAGCCUCUUUCCUCCUCCUCCUUUCGCCCCACAUGCUGCCCCCUUCCUGAGGGCAAGGCUGAAGGGGAGCAGCUGGGCUUUGGGAUGCAGGUCAGAGGCCACCUGUGCUGAACACACCUGCGUCUUCACGCUCUCCCUUCUGCCAAGGCAGGGGCCCCUCCUGGCUGGAGUCCUGCUGCAGAUCCCCCCCCCACAACUCCCCCCCUGUGGAUUUCCUCCCCCCCAGGAUCUCUUCCUGAGACCCAGGGUCAGAAGAUGUCUCUGAAGAAACACCUGGAGGCCCUUAGCGUCUUCCAGUGGGUCCUCACCUUCUUCUUCUUUGGUCCCUUCUUCUCCGUUCUCCUGGUCUACCUGCUCUUCACCUCCUACUGGCCUAUCAGCGUCCUGUAUUUUGCCUGGUGGAUCUUCGACUGGGAUACGCCACAGAGAGGUGGGCGCCGCUGUGACUGGAUGAGGCGCUGGAGAGUCUGGGAGCUCCACCGGGAUUAUUUCCCCAUCAAGCUGGUGAAGACGGCCGAGCUGCCCCCGACGCGGAACUACGUCCUGGGCUCCCACCCCCACGGGAUCCUCUGCACGGGGGCCUUUUCCGCCUUCUGCACCGAGGCCACGGGCUUUUCCCGCACCUUCCCUGGCCUCCGCCCCAGCCUGGCCCUCCUUGCAGGGCUCUUCCGCAUGCCUGUCUUCCGGGACUACCUGAUGAGCUCAGGGAUGGUCCCGGUCAACAAAAGGUCCCUGGACUUCCUCCUGAGUGGCCCCCCCGGGCACGCGGUGGUCAUCGUGGUGGGGGGUGCGUCCGAGUCGCUGGACAGCGCCCCCGGAGAGCAGCGCGUCCGCCUUCAGGGGAGGAAGGGCUUCGUGCGCCUGGCACUGCAACACGGGGCUGACCUGGUGCCCGUUUACACCUUUGGGGAGAAUGACAUUUACCGACAGAUCCGCUUCCCCGAGGGCAGCUUCGCUCGCUGCUUCCAGCUCGGUUUCAAGCAGCUGAUUGGCUUCGCCCCUUGUCUCUUCAGCGGGAGGGGCCUCUUCUCCAGCCGCUCCUGGGGGAUCCAGCCUAUGGCUGCCCCCCUCACGGUGGUGGUGGGGAAGCCUAUCCCGGUCCCGCUCUGCCCGCGCCCCACCGAGGACGAGGUGAACAGCUUCCACACUCUCUACGUCGAGGCCCUGAAGGAGCUCUUUGACGCCCAUAAAGAAUCCUGCGGCCUCCCGGCCUCCCAGCAGCUCCUCGUCACCUAGAGGGACCCAGACUUGACCCGAAGCAGCAUCAGGGGACACAAGGUUGUGAUGGGGGGAGACACACGGGAGUCUUUGCCCCCCCAUCCCCAUCUGUACACAGUGAUACGGAAGGGGGGCAUGUCUUCUUCACCCUUCCGCUGGUCACCAGAGGGUCCGAGGCCAUGACCUUAAGGGCACCCAGCCCCACAUGGACCCCUCAGCCCCCACACCAUUGCACAAGCACCACACUUUACCCCAAGCCCCAUAAAU